AUGGCACUUGCAAAAAUAUACUCCAAAUCUUGCAAAUUCAGCAAUAGACACUUUUAUUCAUAAAAAACAAUAUUCGAGUGUACUUUAAUAUUUACAAUCUUUUACAUGUACUUCUGUCCACUCCAAACUUUUCAUAUAUAUUUUUGUUCAUUUACUCCUUAUUAUAUAUAUGUGCAACAACAAUUGAGAGAAUAGUAUACAACACAAUUCAGUGAAAUUUAGAUACACACAUGACAAAUUCAGGUUGCAAUUUACUUGCAUUAAUGAAGCUUAUCUUUGUUGACACUUUGUUUGCCUUAGUCCUCCUAACCGUUAUGAGUGCCAACACCAUGAUGGCAGCAUCAAAUUCCCCGUCCUUGAACGAGGAACAAAAGGCCUUGCUCCAUAGCGGGUGGACAGAAGGUCGCGACAUCUCAAAACAUUGUAACUGGACUGGUAUUGUGUGCAAUGACGCUGGAAGUGUCAUAGAGAUUUCAACAAGGCGUUAUUUUUUUAUCCCUCCAUCUGAAUUGAGGAACUUCAAUUUUACUGCAUUCCCCAAUUUGAUCCGUCUAGAACUUACUGGUUUGGAACUCAAGGGAACCAUUCCCAGUGAAAUAAGCACUCUUACAAAGCUUAUGUAUCUUGAUCUCUCUUCUAAUUAUCUUGAAGGUGAGUUGCCUACUUCAAUUUCAAAUCUCACUCAACUUAAGUUAGUUAAUGCUGCUAGCAAUUUUCUUAGAGGUGUUAUUCCUUCCACUUUUGGCCAGUUGAAGUGUUUGGCUCAACUUUCUCUUCACUCAAACAAUCUUGAAGGCCCCAUUCCCGAAAGGCUAGGGUACUUAAAGCAUUUAGAGCAGUUAACUCUGUCAAAUAACUCACUGAAUGGUUCAAUCCCUUCUACCUUUGGACAACUAGAGGAUUUGGAAUCUUUGUCCCUUGAUUCAAACCAUAUUGAAGGUUCCAUCCCUGUAGAAUUUGAGAACCUGUUCCAUUUGAAAGCUUUAGACCUUUCCCAUAACAAUAUUUCUGGUGUUAUACCAUCUGGGAUUGGACAACUCUCUAGGCUUUCAACUUUAGAUAUUUCCAACAAUAGCCUUAAGGGACCAAUUCCAUUUGGUAUUCUAUAUCAUUGCAGUUAUGUGCAGCUAAGUAACAACUUUUUAAGUGGACAUAUUCCUUCUCAAAUUGGCAAUCUUUCUUACCUAGACCUCAGUAAUAAUAGCCUCUCAGGAAGCAUACCAGAGGGACUCCAUUCCGUUCCAUAUCUCAAUAUAUCUUACAAUUCCUUUGUUCCAGAUACACACUUUUGUGGUUUUCCAAGUGAAGCACUGAUUGGUAAUAAGCAGUCACCCUCUUGCUCUUCUCCAUAUAGUACCAUAGCACUAGUUUCCCUUGCUGCCUUGAAUUGCUUCUUCAUUACAACAGUGUUCAUAUGGCUUGGAAUCGGUGUCUUCUGUCCCCUCCAAAGAGAGUACGGAUUUGAGGAAAGAAGCAAGAAUGGGGAUAUCUUCUCAAUUUGGAACUAUGAUGGUAAAAUUGCAUUUAAAGACAUAAUCAAAGCCACAGAAGACUUUGAUAUAAGGUAUUGCAUUGGAACAGGUGCUUAUGGAAGUGUCUACAAAGCACAGCUUCCUAGUGGCAGAAAUGUUGCACUAAAGAAACUUCACAAUGCAGAGUCUGAAAAUCCAUCAUUUUACAAGAGUUUUAGCAAUGAGGUCAAGGUCUUGACAGAAAUUCGUCACCGUAACAUCAUUAGGCUUCAUGGUUUUUGUUUGCACAACAGCUGUAUGAUUUUGGUGUAUGAGUAUAUGGAAAAGGGAAGCUUGUUCUAUAACCUAGCCAUUGAUGAAGAAGCUCAAGAGUUGAAUUGGAGUAAGAGAGUAAACAUUAUCAAAGGGACUGCAUUUGCUCUCACUCAUAUGCACCAUCAUUGCACUCCACCCAUUGUCCAUCGAGAUGUAACUAGUACCAAUGUUUUGUUGACUUCAAAUUUAGAGGCUUGUCUAUCAAAUUUUGGUACAGCUAAACUACUUUCUUCUGAUUCAUCUAAUCAAACUCUGUUAGCUGGCACUCCCGGAUACGUUGCCCCAGAACUGGCUUAUAGCAUCAACGUGACAACAAAAUGUGAUGUUUAUAGCUUUGGAGUGGUGACUUUGGAAACAAUAAUGGGAGAACAUCCUAAGGAGCUACUUUCCAAUAUGUCAAAACCAUCUCCUCCAAAGAUCAUGAUUAAAGAUGUAUUGGAUUCACGUAUCCCAUUGCCCUUUCUUCGAAAAGACAUGCGGGAUAUUGUACUUGUUCUAACAUUAGCAUUGGCAUGCUUGCAUCCCAACCCAAAAUCAAGACCUUCAAUGCAGGACAUAGCUAAUGAGCUUUUGUUUUCAAAGUCGCCAUUGCUUUGGCAUUUUGAUGGUAUUUCAAUUCACCAACUUGUGAAUCAAGAAAUAUACGCAAUAGGUAAAAAUUAGGAGGUUUUUUUAAUCAUAUUUUCUUAUGUGAUUGCCCUAAUUUUAUGUAUGAAAGCCAUCUUCUGUUUUGUUUCAACUGGGUAUGCCUUCCAGUUCAAAUUUUCUUAUGUAUUUUUCGCCUUGUAUUAUGAUUUUUAUCACUUAUAGUAUUCCCUUUCAAAUUAU